AUGGACCACUCCCUCCCCUUCACCAGAUACAUCGCCGAGCUCGCCGUGCUCCGCGCCGCCGUCCUCACCAAGCGCUUCAUGACCCGCGUCACCGGCAUCGCAAAGGACGACGCCUCGCCCGUGACGCUGGCCGACUUUGGCGCCCAGGCGCUGCUCAUGGUGGCCCUGCGCGGCUUCUUCCCCAACGACGGCUUCGUCGGCGAGGAGGACGCAUCCGUGCUGCGCGGCAACCCGAAGCUGCGGACGACCGUCUUCAAGCUCGCGGGCGCCGUGGCCAGGGACUUCCGCGAGGUCGAGUGGCGCAGCGCCGACGCGCACGCCGUGGAGGCGACGCUGCCGGCGCUCGAGUCCGAGGACGAGAUGCUGGCGCUGCUGGACGCGGCGGGCGCGGGGGCCACGGCGCCGACGGGGCGCUUCUGGGUCAUGGAUCCGCUGGACGGCACGGCGGCGUUUCUCAGGGGCCAGCAGUACGCCGUGAGCCUGGCGCUGGUCGAGGACGGGCGAGAACUGCUGGGCGUCGUGUGCUAUCCGAACCUGAGCCUCGAGUACGGCGGCGUCGUGUCGGAGAUUGCCACGGACCGGCUGGGCCACGGCAUCAUGCUGUCGGCCAUCCGCGGCGAGGGCGCUGAGUAUCGCCGGCUGCCCCUGGAGUACAGCCUCGGGAUGGGCGAGAUCCUGGGCCGCUUCACGGUGCCGGCCAAGUACGAGGACCUGCGCCUCGUCGACAGCACGACCAGCACGUCGAACCGCCUCGACCUGGUGCAACAAGUCGCUCGACAGCUCGGCGCGACGCCCUUCCCCGGCAUCGACAUCUACGCCUCGCACGCGCGCUACGCCGCCAUGAUGAUUGGCGAGGGCGAGGGCAGCCACGUCAUGAUCCGCAUCCCCGUGGGCAAAAGGGGCGACCCGUCAAAGUCGUACGUCUGGGACCACGCGGGCUCGCAGCUGGUGUACACGGAGCGCGGCGGCAAGAUCACCGACCUCGACGGCAAAGACAUCGAUUUCGGCGCGGGCAAGACGCUGGCGGCGAAUUGGGGGAUUGUGGCUGCGCCGGAGGUUGUUCACGAGAGGAUAUUGCGGCUGGUGCAGGAGUGCGUUGCGAGGGACGCGGAUAUGAAUGAUGUUUUAUGA